AGUUGUAUUACGUAUAACCUCGUUGGUAGUCGAAGGAAUACAUUGUCUUUUGUAUGAUAAUUUGUGGUGAAACAAUAUGGUGUCGUUGUGGGAUAACUGUGUGAAAUGCGAGAACGCACGCGUUGAGGAUUAUUAUUAUUAUCAUCAGAUGCCACAAACCGUGCCGAGGUCUGGGUGCAGCCCGCCAUCAGUCACACAGGACGAGAGGGCAGUCCCCACAUCACCAGCAGAUCUUCAGCAUUUACUCCGCCUACUUGGAGCAUCAUCGCCGCCAGAACCGAUGCUCCACUCUCCACCCAACCCACACAAUAAACCACCACCACCAUACCCAGAAGACAAUAAUUUUUUGGACCGUCUCUACGACUUUGAGGGUUAUCCAACUCCCUCUCCAUCUUCAGACGAAGGUUCUAUACCCGCAGUAGCCCUGCAGCCCGCUUCGCCAUACAACUCUUUACAAUACACAACGCCUGUCUAUAUCAAAGAAGAGCCAAAUAGAUUAUCAGUGCCAGGGUUCUCGUCACCAUAUCCUCUUUCUCCUUCUGGUUCUUGCGUAUCAUAUGGUAGUCAUAACCAAUACGCUUCCCCAGUUCCACACCACGAAGAGUACAUUGAUAUUGAAGAGUUGUUAAAGGAGAACCAGAUUCUACAAGAGAGCGUGCAGCAAAGUUAUGUUACACCUAAAAUAGAGAUUGAGGAGCCAAGAGACCAUAUUCUGUUGAGGUCCGUGUUGGAAGACACAUCGUUCCAGAAGAGACUGAAUCUCAGACCAAUUCCGUUGGAACUGGGGACCGUGAAGAUGGAAGAGAGUAGUGGCGGUGACGAGCUGGUCGCACCUGAUAUAGACCAAGUGCUGUCUAUGGCCAUCGAACAGUCCAAGAGAGACGUGGACAACACUUGCACAGUACUCGGAAUCUCGCCAGAUCCGAUGCUCUGGAGUACAGGGGACGUUAAGUCGUGGGUGAUGUUCACACUGCAACACUUUAAUUUGCCAAUGGUACCGACUGAGUACUUCAAUAUGGACGGGGCUGCUCUAGUCGCUCUUACCGAGGAGGAGUUCAACCAGAGGGCGCCACAGUCUGGUAGCACGUUGUACGCGCAGUUGGAGAUCUGGAAGGCGGCGAGACAUGAGGCUUGGAAGUCUUCGCAAUGGACUGAGCAUCAGCAGCCUUCACCAACCCCAGCCCCUGCUGGUUUACCGUCUGCCGAUGACUUAAGUGAUGACGAAGAUUCAGAACCAGCAGGGCCGAGUGCAAGCACGGGUGUCGGUAAAGCUAAGACAGGAAGCACGCACAUACAUCUCUGGCAGUUCCUCAAGGAAUUGCUGGCGUCACCUCACGUACACGGUUCGGCGAUACGGUGGUUAGACCGAAGUAACGGUGUAUUCAAGAUUGAGGAUUCAGUGCGCGUCGCUAGACUGUGGGGUAAAAGAAAGAACAGGCCUGCCAUGAACUAUGACAAGCUAUCCAGGAGCAUCAGGCAGUACUACAAGAAGGGCAUCAUGAAGAAGACGGAGAGAAGUCAAAGGCUCGUCUACCAGUUCUGUCAUCCGUACUCCUUAUAAAUACUCGGUUUAUUUAAGUUAUAUGUUGUAAAUAAUUUAUUAUACGUUUGUAAAUAAGGGUGUGUGAGCCGCGGUAAUGCGGACGCGACGACGUCUGGAAGCGUUUUGCGACGCUAACGCAAAACGCAAUGCAGACGGUAAGCUUGUGGACAGCCGAAUUUUCGACGGUGUCUGUUAAGGGCGAGUCAACGCCUUGAGACCGCGCGAAUUAUUAGGCGUCGUGUAUACUAUCCCUCCGCGAAAUUCGGGAAAGGUAAUUUUCUCUAGAAUUUCAGCGGACGGGACUGUUCUGUUGUGUUUAGUUUUAAGUUUUUUUUUUUACCGGCGAAUAGGCAACGGUGAUCUGUUUUUUUGGGAUUCUCAAUGUGUUCACCGUCGCCGAAAGCUGGUAAUGGUUAUCCCAUAUAUCUAUGAUAUAUUUCUCGUACGUUCUAUGAACUUUUAGAUAGCUAAGUGACGUGUAAAUAGUGUUUUUAAGUAAAGAAAAACAUUUAUAAUUUUCAAUUUUUGUUUUGUUACACGUUUAAGUGAUACGCGAAGAGAUUAUUUUCGUAGAUAUUGUUUUUAAAAAUAAAAAUUUUAUAAUAUAAAAUUAAGAAAAAUAAUGUCUAUGGACAUUGACGAGUGACGUCAUAAUUUAAUGUAUCAAAUGUAAAUAUUCUCAAAAUGGCGGACAGGAAAUGUGUGCAAAAUUUAAUUAGGAAUGAGAAAAAUGAUUUUGUGCCAAAUAGACGGGGAGAAUUUAUUCGGGACAAAAUUGUCUAUGAUUUGUGAUAAAUUUUGGUCAAACCCGCCGAUGUGAAUACUUUUUGUAUAAAAAGGAAAGUGAAUAAACAUCUGCAAUAAUGGUGUCGGGUACAAAUAAGAUAUGUUGAUAAGUCGACGCAGUUAGCGUUAUGAAAUAAGAAUUUAAUAAUAAUUAUUAUUGGACCAAACUAAUGUAGAUUUUAUGAAUCUAUAAAUGUAAUUGUUCGUGAAUACAAUAAAGAGUUUUAUCAAUUUAAA